AUGAUAAUUAUUCAAUUUUUUAUUCUUUUAUUUGUGUUGAUAGAUAUAAAAUAUAUAAUUUCAUUAAAAAUUAAAAGCUACAAAGGGAAGAUUUUUCUGUGUAAUUAUUCUAAUAAAAAUAAAGGGAGAAUAAUAUCUCAUUUUUUUGUUGAAGUAAAAUGUCGUAAAAAUAUACAUUUAUCUAAUCGUUUUAUUAUUGAAAGAUUAAAAAAUAAUUACAAAUUUGCAUCUAAAAAAAAAGGAAGUAAAAACAUAAAAGAUAAAUUACAAUUUUCAAUAAAUAAUGAGAUUCAUAAGAAUAUAAGGAAAAGUGAAAAUGGCAAGAAUACAUAUGAAAAUAGAACAGGAGAUAACAUAAAUAGUUGCAGGGAAAUUAUUGAAGUUAAUAAAAGAAAAGGAGUAGAAAUAAAUAAUUCUAAAGAUAAAGAUGUAGAAAAGAAAUCUUUUUAUGAAAAAGUAAAAAAUAACAAAAAGCAAAAUAAAGAGCAAAUUGAAAAAAAAAUUACAAAAAAAGUAAAUAAAGUAUCAAUAAAUGACAAUCAUAAUUAUUACAAUAAAAAAAAAGGUACUUUUAAUGUUAUAGAUAUACAAAAUACAAAUGUAAAAAGUUUCUUAAUCAAACAAGAUGAAGGAAGAUCUUUAGAAUUGUUAGAUAAUAUUUAUAAAUUUUGGAAAAAUAAAAAUUUCUUAAGUUUUUUUGAAAUUUUAAGUAAUGAGGAUUUUGAUCAUACAUGUAUAGAAAAAUGGUUGCAUAAAUUAUCGAUAAGUUUAAGUAAAAAAUAUUUAAAAAUUAAAAUUUUGGAUGAAUAUAUAUUGAUUAAAGAUGAAUAUUUUAUAAAAGACGAAAAGAAAAUAAAAGAAUUUAAAAUCAAUUACAAUGUCAUAAACAAAUGUUUAAAUAUAUUAAUAAAUAAUUCUGAUAGAUUCUGUUCUUAUGAAAUUACCUCUGUAUUGUGGGCUAUAACUAUUAUCUUAAUAAAAUCAUUCAAAAAUUACAAUAAUUUAGAUUAUGAAAAUUCUUUAAAAUUUAAUGAUAGUAUUUUAACUAUUAUUGAAAAUUUUAAUACAUUUUUUUCUUUAAUAAUUAAACAUCUAAAUCAAGUUAAAGAUUAUUUGUCUAUUGAUGAGGCAUUAUGGGCAGUUUGGAGUAUUUGUAAAUUGCUUUAUUUCAAUAUUCCUUUAAACAAUUAUUUAACAAUGAAUAAAAAAUUAAUUGAUAAAAAUGUUCAAACUGAUAAUAAUAAUAAUAAUAAUAAUAAUAAUAGAAACAUUAAUAAUAAUUUUAUUUCAGGAAAUUCGAUAGGGCACAUUGAAAAUAAGAAAGAUAAUGAAAAAAUGAAUUAUUUCAGAAAUAAAGAAGAUAUAAAAAUAGUGAAUAAAUAUACAACUGAAAAUAAUAAGAAUCUAGAUUAUAAUAGUCAAGUGAAUGAAAUAUAUGAUAUUCAAAAUUAUAUGAAAUAUAAUAACCAUCAAAUACUAUUCAUGAUGAAAAAGUUUAAAUUAAAUAGAGAAACAAUAAUAAACAUUUUAGAUAUUUUUAAUUGUCUGUAUAGUAAAUUAUAUAAAAAUGUAAUUUUUUUAAAAGAGAAAUAUUACAUAUAUAUACCUUUUAUUAUAUUUGAGUCACAAACAUUAAUGUUAAAUAAUAGUACUUUGUUAUUAAAUAAAAUAAUUUAUUUAAUUUUAGAAAAUAAUGUUUUGCUAGAAUUAUUUAAUUUUAAUUAUUUAAAAAGUGUAUAUUCAAAAAAUUCAAAUUUGUAUCAAAAUAACAUAGAUAAAAAUAAUGACAUUUUUAGGAUUAAAACCUUAAGCAAAGUAUAUAAAUUAAUUAAGUGUAUUUCUAAAACAUUUUAUCCUUUAAAAAAUGUAAAUUCCCUUAAGACUGAUUUGCAUAAUAAUUAUCAAAAUUUAAAUACAAAUAUUUUAAUAAAAUUUAUUAAUACAUGCAAUGAUGUGCUUGUUAAAUAUAUAGAUUAUUUUGUUUUUAUUAUCAAUUUUAAGAAUAAAACAAAGGACAAGAGAAGUCUAAAUUUUGAAUAUAAAAAAAGUACUGAUAAUGAAAAUAAUAAAAUAGAUAAUGAAGUAAAAGAAGAUAAAGAAGAGAUUAAUAAUAAGACAAUUGAUAUGAAAGAUAACAAAAUUGAAUUAAAUGAUGAAGUAAAGUUAGAAUAUAAAAAUGAAUUAAUUUUUAUUUAUAAUUGCUUAAAAAGUUCAUUAGUUUCUUUAAUUAAAUUAGAUUUAAAAGAUAAGUAUGUAUACGAAUGGUUAAAUAAAAAUAUACAUAUUUUUCAAUUUAAUAAUCUUAAUGAAUCGAGUAAUUUUUAUGAAUUAAAAAAUAAAUUGAUAGAAAAUAAAAAAUAUACUAUUUUAAAUAACAAAGAAAAAAAUGAUUUAACAAAGUUAGAAAUAAAUAAAAUUCAAGACAGUAAUAUCAAAUUAAAUGAAAAUGAAUCAAAAUUAAUAAAUGUCAGAAAUGAAGGUGAGGGAAAUAUAGUUAGUGAGACGAAUGAUAUUCAUUUAACAUAUGAUAGAAGUAGUAAAUAUAAUAAGAUAAAAGAAGAGGCAAGUGAAAAUUUAAAUACUUUAAGUAAAAAUGAUAUAAGGGAAUAUUUAAAUUUAAAUAAGAACAAUUCCGAUGUAUGUCUUGAUGUUUUAGCUUUAAGUAAAUUUACAAAAUUAUAUAAUAAUGAAACGAAAACAAAGCUAAUAUUAAAUGUUGCACACAGUAUAGAUUAUUCUUUGAAAAUGUUUAAAAUAAUUUAUGAAAAUAAUAAUAUUAUUUAUCCAUCAUAUAUAAAAAUUAAUGAUAUAUAUAUUAUAAAAGAUAAGAAUAUAGAAGAAUUAUAUAAUGAAGAAACAAAAACUUUUUACAAAAAAAAUAAGAAUAUAGAAUUUAGAAAUAUUAUAAUGCCAAAGCAGUUAUCUAUUUUCAUAAAUUAUUUAGGGAGAAAUAUUUAUUUAGUGUGUAAAGAGAAGCUAGAUGAUAUUUUUCUUACAUCCAUUAAAUAUAUAACUACUACAAAAUUUAAUUAUUUUACUUCUAAUGAUAUAAUACAUUUCUUACAAGGUUUAAUAAAUUAUAAUGAAAUGGAUAGUCAUUCGAAAUUAUAUUAUGAAAUUUUAAAUGAGAUGUUCAUAUCAUUAUGUCAUAUUAUUGAAAACAAUUUUUUAUAUUGGAAAUCAUCAAAUAUAUGCCAGUUAAUUUAUAUAUUGACAAAAUUUAAGCAUAUUCAUAGGAAUAUUUUUAAUAAAUUUGAUGAAUAUUUAAAUAAUAUUAAAUUCCCUUAUUAUAUUUAUCAAAAAGCAAAUUGCGUGAACUUUGAAAAUGUUUUACAAACUAAUUAUGAUGAUAAUUUAGCAAUAGAGAAAAAAGGUGGCAAUCUAAAUAUAUCAUCAGAAUCAAAUAAUGAAAAUGAAAAAAUGAAUGAAAAUUUUAAUGAAAAAAUUGAAGAAAUUAAUAAAAUUCAUAAAAAUAAUGAAAAUCCUAGAACUAAUAUUUCAAUAAAUGAGUUUAAGUAUGAUAACUUGGGAUCAGCAAUGUGGGCAUUGAGUUCUCUUAAUAAAAAUGUUAUUAAAAAAAAAUAUUAUUUAAAAUUUUUUUAUUUAUUUUCUGUUUAUUUUUCUCUACAUAUGAAAUUAUAUUUGCAUUAUAAAUUUAGAAAUAAUAAAUACGUGAAUUUUAAUAAAGAAAAUGCAGAAAGAAAAUAUUUGAAUGACUUAAAUUUUUUAAAACAUAAUAUCAAUUACUUUAAGAUUCCAAUAAAUCCUAUGACUGUAAGCAUUUAUGUAAAUACAUUUGCAAGAAAAAUAAAAAAAGGAUUUUACUUCUUAUUUGAAGUUAUUUACAAUAAUACUGAUAUUAUUAACCUUUUUUCCAUAAAAGAACUUUCAUAUGUUAUAUAUUCUCUUUCGCAUAUAAAUAAAAAUUAUUUAAAAGAAAGUAUCAUUGAUGUAAAUGUCCUUAAUAAUUUAUCAGAAGGAAAAGAGAAAUAUUUUGGGGAAUUUUUAAACUCAAAUAUUUCAAUAUGGAUAGAAGAAUUAGAUUACCUGUUUUAUAUUGAGCAUUCUAAGGAUGCACAUGAAAUAAAAAAUAAAAAUAUUGAUGAAAACUCGAAUAUAAAAAUAGAAGAAAUUGAAAAUAAAAUUGAUAAAAAUAUAAAUAAUAAUAGUCAUCAAACACAAAAUUACUAUAAAAAUGAUAGUGAAAUGAUUAUUAAUACUAAUGGUUAUGAUGAAAAAUAUAAAAAUUUUAUAAGAAAAGAUAAAUUUCUAAAAUUUAAACAUGAAAGAAUUAAUUUGUCCAAUGAAUUCCUAAAUAUUUUAAUGGACAGAUUAAUUAAUUCUACGUCAUAUAUCUUAAAUGAGAAAAAAAAUCCACAAGAAAUUUUAUCUAAUAAUGCAUCUUUUAUGAGAAACGAUGAUAAAAAAAAUAAAAUAGAAAUUAUUGAUAUAAUUAAAUUGAUAUAUAGUUUUUUUAUUCUAUUAAAUCAAAAAGUCCAAAUAAAUGAAACAGAAAAUAUAAAUUUUCUUCAAUUAGAAAAUUUAAUUUUUCAAUAUAAUUUAAUUGUUAAAAAAUGUUUACACUCUAUUAAUUAUAUUUACUUUGUAAUUGAUACGUAUGCUUUAAUAAGUAAUAUAUACUUUAUUGAUCACUUUACAAGAAAUAUAAUAAAGGAGUUUGUCCAAAUAUGUAUAAAAAAAAUGGAAGAAGAAAAAAUAUUAGAUUUAGAAAAAAAAAAAAUUAUAUUAAGUAUACAAAAUUUAAAAGUUACUAAUUCUAAAUAA